AUGGAACACUCGCUCGGUUCUGGUCGGCCGAUGAAGCAUGUCGAACGAAAGGCUCUGUAUACCCGCCUAGAGGCGCGCAUCAAUUAUCUUCGAGACUUCCUGGACUUCAACUCAAGCGACGUCGAAGCGCUGGUGGGAGGUUCCAAAUACAUCAAAGCCUUGAUCCCGGCUGUCGUCAACAUCGUCUACAAGAAACUCCUCGAAACCGACAUCACCGCACGUGCCUUCCACACCAGAGACACCUCCGAUGAGACCCCGAUAGAAGAGUUCUUUACCGAGGAGAGCCCUCAGAUUCAACGUCGAAAGAUGUUCCUGCGAUGGUACUUGACUAAGCUCUGCUCCGAUCCGUCCCAGAUGGAAUUCUGGCGAUACUUGAACAAAGUUGGAAUGAUGCACACGGCCCAAGAGCGUCUCUACUCGCUGAACAUCGAAUACAUCCACAUGGGCGCCUGCCUGGGCUACAUCCAGGAUAUCUUCACCGAAGCCCUCAUGUCGCACCCGCACCUCUCCCUACCACGCAAGAUCGCCCUGAUCCGGGCCAUCAGCAAGAUCAUCUGGAUCCAGAACGACCUCGUGGCGAGAUGGCGCAUGCGAGAUGGCGAGGAGUACGCCGAUGAGAUGUCGGAGAUCAUCGUCGAUGAGAAAGAAGGCUACCUGGGGGACAAGAAGAUCCUGGGCGAUAGCAGUUCGGGCACCUCGAGUGAGGAUGAUCGUUCCAGCGUCCGAAGUGGCAACGUUCCCACUCAUACACCUGCCUGCCCUUUUGCUGACAUGGCGCCAACUUCAUCCCAAACAAAGAUCUGGGCUGGGAAGUAAAUUGGAGCCCGACUGCUGGGGCUGGGCUCUUUUUUUUUCGAGCCACACGGUAGUGUGGAUUCCAUCGUUGUGCUGAAAAGGUUAUAUAAAGGGGGCAUGGAGCAUAGCGGGCGUUAGGUAUAUAUAUUCCCGGACACUGAUUUUUAUUGGCUUUGUUGGUUUUGUUUUUUUUUUGUCUGUUCGUUUCUAGAGUAUGCUUGCUCUCUCUAUCUCGAUGAAGUAACGCAGAAAGCGCGCCCCGUGGGGAAGGAUAAUCGACUCUAAUUAGGCACUAUGACGCCACCUCUUCCGUCAAUAA